CUCGAGUGUGUGUCACCUUGCUCAUAUACAGCAUUGGCGGUGGUACAGCGGAGGGCCCCUGACCCAAGCAGAAGUGUGCGAGAGAUUGAAAACAGCUUAACCAUGGCAGCCGCGUCGGACACAGCCAAACCCAAGACUUCUCCGAAGUCCAUCAAGUUCCUGUUCGGCGGCCUGGCCGGUAUGGGUGCUACUGUGUUUGUGCAACCCUUGGACCUGGUGAAGAACAGAAUGCAGUUGAGUGGUCAGGGUUCAAAGGCACGGGAAUAUAAAACCAGCCUGCACGCCGUCGCCAGCAUCCUCCGCAACGAGGGCAUCCGUGGCAUCUACACCGGUCUUUCAGCUGGUCUGCUGAGACAGGCUACAUACACCACCACCCGUUUGGGCAUCUACACCAUCCUGUUUGAGAAGAUGACCAAAGCAGAUGGCACCCCGCCCAACUUCUUCAUGAAGGCGCUGAUUGGCAUGACGGCAGGUGCCACAGGCGCGUUUGUGGGCACCCCCGCCGAGGUGGCGCUCAUCCGCAUGACUGCAGAUGGGCGUCUGCCCCCAAACGAGAGGCGGGGUUAUAAAAACGUCUUUAAUGCCCUCAUUAGAAUCACCAGGGAAGAGGGAGUCACAACACUCUGGCGGGGCUGCAUACCCACCAUGACCAGAGCUGUGGUAGUGAAUGCAGCACAGCUGGCUUCAUACUCCCAAUCUAAACAAGCACUGCUGGACUCGGGCUAUUUCUCUGAUGAUAUCCUAUGUCACUUCUGUGCCAGCAUGAUCAGUGGACUGGUAACUACAGCAGCCUCUAUGCCAGUAGACAUUGCCAAAACCAGGAUUCAAAACAUGAGAAUGAUUGAUGGCAAACCAGAAUACAAGAAUGGAUUUGAUGUGCUGUUGAAGGUGGUGCGAAAUGAAGGCUUCUUCAGCCUGUGGAAGGGCUUCACUCCCUACUACGCCCGCCUCGGCCCUCACACCGUCCUCACUUUCAUCUUCCUUGAGCAGAUGAACAAGUUCUACAGGAUCUAUUUCCUGGACUCGUAGGUCUCCAUGGUGACGACCCCCCCCCCCCCACGUUAGGCCCAGUGGAGGUCCAGACCACGCCCCCCGGGGUCAGUGUGCGUAUCCUAGUCUUACUCUGCCAGGCGGCACUAACCCACUGCCCAUCUGCGUCACCUUUUUACCACACGUAUGCUUGUGGGAGGAGCCUCUGGCGAAGAUGCUGGACUUGAUUUGCAGUGUGCACACUAACUCUCAGGGACCCAGGUCAGGAACAUCCACUGUGCCAGGGUGGGGCCUAACUGGCAGACAUUUGGACUGGCACAGUACCCAACCACAGCGACUCCCCCAUUGACCAGCAGAUGGAAGCUGUGUCCUCCAUGCUCCGUCUCUCCUGGUGUGGGACAGAUGGCCGUUUAUCCCACUUAUCACAUACCAAUGGCUGUGACAUUAAUUGUGUAUGUGUGUUUUGAGGUUGGUGGUGGUGGUUUUUUUUGUUUUUUGUUUUUUUCUUAAACCAGCUUUGCCUGGUUUAAGCUGAUCUUUUGAGACUUGGAGUAAACAUUUGGCCAGAGACCCCAUGAGCAAGCCAAGACUGUCACAAAUGAUCUCUCUCUCUCUCUCUCGUUCCUUGCUCAUGUUUCUCAUUAGAUCCUGUUUGUCUUGUUCCAUUUGUCCACCUGUGCCUAGUGAUAUGAUCUUAAACCCCCCACAACACACAUGGAGUGCUGUGUUCACAGCCAACUUCAGACUCUGAGAAACUCCCAACGCCAGUAACAGCAUUUUAAAUCUCCUGUUUUACAGGAGACGGCUACUGUGAGAAUGCAUUUCCCAGUCUGCUGUAAUUCUAACUAAUCUUGUUCAUUGAGGUAUGAGUAUUUGUGCGAAACUGGGCAUGAGUGUGUGCGUGUUUGUGAGUGAGCGAGCAAGGGAGAGAGAGAAACUCAUUAGCCUCCACUGUUUACUGGAUGCAAAUCUUUCUGGCACGUGUAAUAGGAAACCAAAAAUGAAGAGAUGUUAAACAUUAACAAGUCACUUGAAACAGUUUAUGGAGGCUGCACUUGUGAUUGAUACUGUAACGUGACGUUAAUGACGACACAAAUGUAAAGGAAACACUGACUCCACGUAAGAACAGGAUUUUUGAAGAGGCCACUGAAUUUGUCGUUCGCUGAACUCUCAGCUAACGAAGCUCUUCUACUGGCAGGAGCAGGCAGCGCUUUAACAAACAUCUCGUUACCUCGUAUUUAAGAACGGUUGAUUGUGGUACUGGGUUUGCCUUGCUGACUUAUUAUAAUGUGAUUCAUCACAGUGGUAUUGAAAAAGGAUACCAGCUUUAACAAGUUUAAAGUGUCAUUUUUCACUACAUUUAGAGACUAAUACAGAGGGUUGGUUUUUAAGAAGUUCAUCUGCUCAGAGAUUAGAAUUAGUAUUUUUGUUCCAUGGGCUUUAACUUUGUUUUGUAAUUUCUGUUCUGAAAGUAUCUGAAGUAAAAACAAAAAAAAGACUUAGGACGUUUCUUCCACCUUAAACGCUUUACGCUGACACCCGCAACGAAAAGAUUUUUUCUUUCUUUGUUUGAAGUAUGACUCAUGUAAACGCUGUGCUGUAAGACGAAAUAGGAUAUUAAAAUUGCAUUGACACUGGAACAAC